AUGGCUCGUAUAAAAACUCGGAUAUGUAUGAUCUCUGACACACACUCAAAUUCCCCAACGCAUGAAUAUCAAACGAACAAUCCAUACCGUGUCCCACUCCCCAAAGCCAACAUCCUUCUUCAUGCGGGCGAUCUUACCAAAGUCGGCUACCUCUCCGAGCACGAAGAAACGGUCUCGAUGCUGAAGGUCGCCGACGCAGAACUCAAAAUUGUGAUCGCCGGAAACCACGAUAUAAGUCUUGACGAAGAAUACUUUACCACAUUUGGCUACAGACGCCAUCGCAAACCCAUCCGCCUCGGUCUCUCCGAUUUACUGCCCGAUACUGAGGAAGAUAAACCUCUUAUGACAAAGAUCGACGGGAAUAUCGUGCCACACGAGGAAAACAUAAAAGACUACGUCCGACGCGCCAAAGACCUCUACACAAACCAAGCUGCCCGCGAUGCAGGCAUUCGCUAUCUGGAAGAAGGCGUACACACCUUCACUCUCUCUACUGGUGCCAAAUUUACCGUAUAUUCCUCGCCUUAUCAGCCCGAGUUUUGUCGCUGGGCCUUUGGCUAUCCUCGCUCCGAAGACCGUUACAACCCCCCACUCCCCGGGAUAACAAAUCGGAAUCCCCACCCCGCAAACCCAGUUCCUGACUUCCCCUGCAUCGACAUAAUGCUCACUCACGGCCCACCAUCCGGUAUCCUGGAUAAUGUCAGUCGUACAGACAACCCUGAAAAUGUCGGAUGCAAGCACCUUCUUCGUGCUGCGGAGCGUGCCCGCCCGCGUCUCUAUUUGUUCGGUCAUAUUCACGAGCAAUGGGGCGGGAUACGUGGGACGUGGAAUAGUUUCGCGUCAGGUGGGAUUCAGCAGGAAGUCAUUCCUACAAACAAGAGCGAGAUGCUAGAGAAACGAGGUGCUUUCUACGAUGUUAGCUCAAGCAGUGCGCGACCAUUACGUGUUGGCGAAGAGACUUUGUUUGUGAAUGCUAGCAUUUGCCAACUCUCCUAUCGCGCUGAGAAUGCGCCUUGGGUGGUGGAUUUGGAUCUACCACUUACUGGGGAGACAGAGUAA